UUGUGAAGACCUCUUCAUAACUUCGCCCCCCGAAACAAGAAAAAUUCAAGCGACCAGCUAAGGCAAGGAAGGGUUAGCCACGCCGAUCUCGGCAGCCCUGACUAGAGGCGGCCCGAGGCAGGGGGGCCGACAGACAAUAUGGCCAGGAGGGCACUGAAAAUUGUUUCUUGGACCAGUAUGGCCUUGGCUUCCUCUGGCUUCUACCUUUACAGUAACAAGUACAUAGAUCCCAAUGAUUUUGGAGCAGUCAGGAUAGGCAGAGCUGUAGCCACGACUGCUGUCAUCAGUUAUGACUACCUCACUUCCCUUCGCAGCGUUCCCUAUGGUUCAGAAGAGUAUGCACAGCUCAAAUCUGAGGUACACCGUCGCUCAGCUGAGCGCCUCCGAGAACUCUGCUGUGCGAACAGAGGCACCUUCAUCAAAGUGGGCCAGCACCUAGGGGCCCUGGAUUACCUGCUCCCUGAGGAAUACACAAGUACCUUGAAGGUCCUGCACAGCCAGGCCCCACAAAGCAGCAUGCAAGAGAUCCAGCAGGUGAUUCGAGAGGACCUGGGCAAAGAGAUCCAGGACCUAUUUCAGAGUUUUGAGGACACCCCCCUCGGGGCUGCCUCCCUUGCCCAGGUCCACAAGGCUGUGCUGUAUGAUGGAAGAACUGUGGCAGUGAAGGUACAGCACCCAAAGGUACAAGCACAGAGCUCCAAGGACAUUCUGCUGAUGGAGGUGCUUGUUGGAGCUGUGAAGCAGCUGUUUCCUGAAUUUGAGUUCAUGUGGCUGGUGGAUGAGGCGAAGAAGAACUUGCCUCUGGAGUUAGACUUCCUCAAUGAAGGGAAAAAUGCAGAGAAAGUGGCUGAAAUGCUUAAACGCUUUGAGUUCUUAAAGGUCCCUCGCAUUUACUGGGAGCUGUCAACUCGACGAGUGCUCCUGAUGGAAUUUGUAGAAGGUGGGCAGGUCAACGAUAAGGCUUACAUGGAGAAGAAUCAGAUUGAUGUCAAUGAGAUCUCCCGACAAUUGGGAAAGAUGUACAGUGAGAUGAUCUUUGUCAAUGGCUUUGUACACUGUGACCCACACCCAGGCAAUGUGCUGGUGAGGAAGCGUCCGGGAACAGGGAAGGUGGAGAUUAUUUUGUUGGACCAUGGACUGUACCAGAUCCUAACAGAUGAGUUUCGCCUGGAUUACUGUCACCUCUGGCAGGCCCUGAUCAAGGCAGAUAUGAAACGUGUGAAGAAAUACAGUCAGCGGCUGGGGGCAGGGGAUCUCUAUCCCCUGUUUGCCUGUAUGCUGACAGCCCGGUCCUGGGACUCCGUCAACAAAGGCAUUGGCCGGGCACCAGUCACUGCCGAUGAGGAUGUGGAGAUUCGAAACAAUGCUGCUGCCUACCUCCCCCAGAUUAGUCAGCUCCUCAACAAGGUGCCCCGGCAGAUGUUACUCAUCCUUAAGACUAACGACCUGCUCCGGGGGAUCGAGACAGCCCUGUCUACCCGGGCCAGUGCCAGCUCCUUCCUCAACAUGUCUCGAUGCUGUACCCGAGCCCUAGCUGCGCACAAGAAGAAGAAGACUUGCUCAUUGCUCAAGAGGACCCAGAUAUCUCUUGAGGAGUCCCUCAGCUUAUGGCAGAUCAACCUGCAUGAACUCUUCCUGCGUGUGCGGGGGUCGUGGCUGGGAAACUGGAUCUUUGCCUUAUUCUACUGGCUGUCUCCUGCUCCACACUGAGGGGCAGAUUGCAUCCUCCACCUUGCCCUACAAUGAUACUAGGUUGAGUAGGCAGGAGAGGGAUGCUACUCUGUCUCUACUGUACUCUCCAAUGAUGUGGUGGAGGGACCCCCAGGAUCAUUCUCUUCUCUGUGGUUGUGCUCCAUGAUACAUUCGCCCAGCCCUCUGUCAGCCUUGUCAUCAUGUAACAGUGGUCACAGAAUCUACCAGCUAUCUCCUAAAAUGGUGGAAUACUUCUCACACCCCUUUCAUUAUGACUCUUGGAGCAAGGAAAGGAAAACUUGGGUAAGGAAAAAACACCAGCAGUUUACUUCCCCCUCCUCAAAAGCAGAGUACUAUUGAAUUGAGUGCCACAGCUCCCCCUUUCCCCAAAAAUGGAACCUCAGGGGUAGAAUUCCACUAGCCUUUUAUAUGGCCAACUAUGUAACUCAUGCCAUGGAAUCCUCGCUGCUGGAUGAACGUUGCUCCCAUCACUGAGGCACAGUUUGACUCCAGAAGGGGAUCAGGAUGGAUGAGCCAGAAGAAACUAUUCUUUUAGCUGAAGUGCCCCUUUGUCCAAGAAUGGUGAUGGAAAGAAAGCGGGCAUUUCUCUCCUCCCAACAUUCCUUACCAGAAGGUAUAGGAAAUUAGGACAAUCUGUGAGUUAGAAGGCACUCCAUUUGUACUGUAAGCCCCAUCCAGGUGACUUCUCUUGUUUCCUAUCACAUUCAAUAAAAACUCCAGUGUUAUACAAA